CGAAUGCGAUGGUCCUCGUCGUGCUCUAUGCCGUCUUCUGCCUUAGCACCGCUUUAUGGGCUCUCGAGGUGGCUCAGCUGAUUGGCCUGGUCGAUAUGCUGCUCUCGCCUGAUGGUCUGUCGACCGAUGCUCUUUUUAAUCGGUUUUAUGACCUUAUUGCACGCGAAACGAAGGUGACUGGCAUACUAUUUGAGUCUCAAAUGGUUGCUGGGGACAUACUCGUGAUCUGGCGGGCCAGUGCUAUCUGUUUCGAGAGAAGAAUCGUCGUGCUCCUUCCAUUGUUCUGGUGGAUCCUUAUGAUUGUGAAUAUCCUAGUACAUGCUGCGCGUUGCCAGUCGGGCGUAGCCACCACAGAUUAUGGCGAGCUGUGCAAAGUUACGGACGUCGCUGCGCCAGUGCUGUCCAUUCUUACAAACAUCUCGGUUAUGUUUCUUGUAUUGUGGAAAGCAUGGGAGCUCAGAGAGACGCUUCGGGACGUCCUGUAUCGAAGGAAAACAAACAAAAUAUUCACACUCUUCGUGCUGAUGGUAGAGUCCGGAACGCUCUACGUUGCGAUGCUGAUCGCCGACCUGCUUGUAACUUCUAUCGUAACCGGGGGAAACGAGACCGUAGGCCGGAUGGUGGACUGCAUCUCGGGCUAUGCUGCAGUCCAGUUUGUUGGGAUAUACCCGACAUUGUUGAUAGUCGUGCUGCGAGAAUCCGUGUGGAAUUCAGCCACGGACUCGACAGGGGGUGUAGCAAUCAGUGCCAUCCAAUUCGCAUCACAAAAUGCUGCUGCCGGGAGCACACUUCAAAGUUCCUCACAAGUAGAGCGCGGGAAGGGUAGUAGCUAUAAGCAUGUUUUGGGCGGAGCUAUAGGUUCGAGGUCUCGAGACGUGCAUGAAGUAGUCUACCUGGGAGAUGAGGAAAAUCAGCUGAGCGGCGAGAAGCUUGGAGUUGCCUUAUAGCCUGGCAUAUAUAUAUAUCG